AUUGUAGCGUCUGCUCGACAAAUGGCGACUGAUCUGUUGAUCAUUGUUUAAAACGUAUAUUUUUACUUCUAUUUUUUAUUUAUUUCGCUUAAUUAUAUGAAGAAACGAAAAGAAAAACUGUGUUUUAAAUGAAAGGGACAAGUGUCACGUAACCACUAUCGGUUCAUAGUGUAAAAAAACGGCGUAAUGACGAGCCAUGGAGUUCCCAUUAAUCACCAACAACUUCAUGCUGUGGAAGUAGAAGUGCCAGUUUUAAAUCUACUAGUUCCUAUGCAACAUCCACAGCAGCAACCACAACCGCUAUCCCAACCACAACAACAACAGCCACAACACAAUACAACACAACACAAUUUAGUGACGAACACAAAUACAACAGUGAACGCAACUCCUCCUUCAGAGCCACCGCCUUUGCCUGGUAAUGAUAAAAAACCUAAGUUGGAGAAAAAAAAGAAGGAAGCCAUAGACGGCCAAGCGCGGGAAAUAAUUUUUAAGGUUAUAAAGUUUUUCGAAAGCGAAAAACAGAAUAGGGGAUACGCGUUUCCCGUUGAGAAUGUAGUGAAAAGAGCUUGCGCAGCGACUGGCCUCUCGGAGAGUACUAUAAAGCGUAUAAAACGAGACGGACUACGCGCUGAGGCGACACAAACAAAAAUGACUGGUCCCAAGAAAAAACGUAUUAGAAAAACUAAAGUCCAACUUGAUUACUUCCAGUUAUGUGCAUUGAGAGGUAUUGUGAAUAGUUACUCAAUAAGAAAAGAGGUGCCGACUUUAGGAAAAAUUUUAGCGGCUGCAAAGCACGAGUUAAAUUAUAGAGGUGGUAAAGAGUCUUUAAGAUUAAUUUUAUUGAAUAAACUCGGUAUUAAGUUUAAAAAGUGUGAGAAGAAGAAUAAAAAACCUCCCGAACAGAAUCCUCCGCCAGUCCAGCCAGUACCAAAUAUUAUGCCUCAUCCACAGAUGCAGCAAAUGAAGCCAUUAGAAAACCAGUGUGUAUACUCCAAUAUGAUGCCUCAGGUGCCCCCAGUAUCUUACUAAUAAAAGACUUUGUUAAAAUUAUUUUUACAAUCUAAAAAUGUAAAUAAUCAUUACAAUAACUUAUAAAUUAAUGCUGGUCGGUUCAUAGACAUACAGAGUACCUGUUUUUUUUUUUACAAGUUAAUUGAUGCAUUACUACAUAUAAUGAAAGUUUUGCAAUCAAUUUUAAAACUAGGAGUGGACAACAUGGAUUUGUUUAAAGGUUUAAGUAUACUGUCUACAAAAUAAUAUCUAUAUUUGUUUUUGUUUUAAUUUUUAAUUUGGCUUGGUCGCAAAUACUUUAGGUAUUACAUAUUUUGUAAUAAGAUUUUAUUUAUCUGACUCUUAUUGUUGUAGCAAUCUGUCUCAUAUUUUUGGGAUAUUUAGCUACUGUUUUGUAUUGUUUUACUGUGAUCAGAUGGUCCAUUCAUUUUAAUAAAUAAGUAAUAUGAUUUAAAAAAUUGAACCCAUAUAUAUAUAUUUUUAAAUGGUUAUUUACAUUUCUAGUCAUUUUCUAUUUAUACAUUUGUUUAUACUAAUGAGUGAUAAUAAUUAUGAUCUGUUAAUUAUUAAGGCAAUAUUGCAGUUUGAUAUUCAUUUAAAAAUAUUUAAGAAUAAACUAUGUAGUUUUUUUAUUAGGGUUUAUAAAGCAGGAUUUACAUAUGUGGACUUUUGUUUGUUACAUACCAGUACAGACUAAUGUGUUUACAGCCUAAUAAUAAAAUAAAAAAAAAUUAAUGCCUUAAAAUUUGGCAUUAAUAUUCAUGACAUCCACAAUAACCAGAACAAAAAAAUAUCCAAUAUGGCAACACUGAAGUGCAGUGACCCUUGAUUGUUAAUAUUGUAAAAAUUAUAGUAUAAAUAUUUUAUAUGAGGCUCUAAUAUGGUAUUUAAGCAGUUCAGUAUAGUUUUAUAAUUAAUAAAAAAUAGUGGCAUUAUGUAUAUUUAUCAGAUUUCAAAAAAUGGUGGUCCAUAAAAAGUAAUCCAUACUUAUUAUACUAUCAAAUAUGUACUAUUAUACAUAUAGGGUGAAAUCUAAAUUGUUAGUAUCCUUUUUGAGAAAUCUAGAAUAACUGAAAACUUUCCAAAGACAUGGGUAGAAAAAAAAAACACAAAAAAUUUAGAACUUUCCAUAAUAUAUAAACUUGACAGCUGGAAACACCAUCUUAGUAGGCCUGGGUAAUUUAAGUACCGCUCUGAUAUCUAUAUAUUGGGUUUCUCUAGCCCAUACCAGUUGAAUAUGUAUAUUAAUUUUAAAUGACUGCUUUGUUUCGCCAUUAUGCAUUGCAUAAUCAGUAUUUAAUGUAUUCAUAUUUCUUUAUUAACCAAUGUAACAGUUUUCGUCACACAAUGGCAAGUGUAGCCUGAUGUAGUACAGUAUAGUAUCUAUAAAUAUUUCCCCUAAAGCAGUAAAAAAUGUCUUAUUUCAUCAUUACAGCACUUGCUUAUAUGUGAGAUUAUUGGAACACAAAGAAAAUUUGUCCUUUGUAUUUUGUAAUAAUAGAGGUUGCAGUACAUUGCCAAAAAUUAGAAAUUAUAAGUACAUUUUUUUUUAUAGACCAUAAUUAGGUUGUAUCUGAAUUUGGUAGGGUUAUACAACCGUAUAAACCUACCAAAUUUAGAUACAACCUGCUUGCACACUUUCUACAUAAACUGUGUCGAAUAUAUAAUCUAGUAAUGUAAAAUUUGUCAUUGACAAAUAAUUGACAUAUCAAACAUUUUCUACACACUAGCCUGCUGUGAAUUGAGAGAAAUAACAAACGAUGGUGUAUCUUUCAUCCUCUUUUUACUAAUUAUAUAUGAUUUACAGUUUUUAUUUUAUCAUUCCUUCUAUGUAAUUCCUUGUUCUUAGGUUUUUACUAAUGCCAUAGACAAAAACUUGUAGACUAAGAAAAAAAAAUACGACUUGCCUUGUCUUUAUGAACAAAAUAGAAAGAGACAGAAGACAACAAAUUUUUAUGAAUAGUUUAAAGGGAUACUAAAGAUUGCAAAAUCACCCUAUAUGAUACUGCUGUCCCGAAAUUAGAACUAUAUCAAUGUACUUCCAUUCUGAGUAAUUUAUUUUAUCCAACUUCAUUCCACUAUUAAUCAUGAAUUAGGUGACAUCUUCCUGAAAUCGGUUGCUAUUUGUCUAAUUGUAAAAAUCUCAUAUUUUCUUUAUAAUUAUUUAUGAUUUAUCAAGAUGUAAGAAGUCAUUUCCUACUGCUUGAGGAAAUAAAUAAAAAGCACUUACCUUAUUUUUGUAAACAUAUGAUUCCCAAAUGUAAAGUUGGCGUUAACCCUUCUUUGCAUAAUGGUGGAAAUUUCCAUCAUAACAUUGAAUGCCUAAAAAUUAUAUAAAAGUCCAAGUUGACUUUAAGUUGAUCGUGUCUGGAUACCUUUUUAAUGUCUAUUGCAGAAAAAAAAACAUAGCUGUCAAAUUUAUUUCUUUAACCAUUUUUCCUUUAAUUUUGAACAUGAAUUAUAUCACCUUGAUUUAUUUUACCAAUAAAAUAGAUGAUUACCUUACCUUACAUUUGGCAAUCUUAAAUUAUGUGGCUAUCUCAUAUUGUAAGAUCUAAUAUCAGUGAAGAAUUUCUAUAAUAUAUCCAUUUGUCUAGAUUUAAAUCAGCAAUUUAUUAAUAAAAUAUAUAUAUCUGCUAAUGCCUACAUUUUGAAUAGAUUUUCAACAUCACUUUAUGGUUUUAGUAGAUAUGGGAAAUAUAUAGUUACAAUAUCUAUAUAUUGGGCCAAUAACGGAUAUAUUAAAUAAUUUAUUUCUUACCUCAUAGUGGCUUAACCCUUAAAUACCUGAAGUUUCAAAUCUGAUACCAGGGUUUGCAUUGUUUCAUUGUUAAAUAAAUUUAAAUGUUUCGAUUACCGUAAUGCCUACAGUAUCAAAAAUGAUACCAUGUUUUUUCAAAAUAAAUAUAUAAAAAUAUAUCGUUUUUAUUUUUUUUUACUAUUUUUCCCCAUUAGUAAACACGGUAAAGGGUACACUUAUAUAUUUUUUAAUUUGAUUUAAAAAUCAGGCUUUUAAGGGUUAAUAGCUUGGCCAAUAUCUAUGAAAUUUGGUGUACACAUACUAUGUGGGAUAGAGAAUCAUGUAGGCUACUUUUUAUCCCAGACUAAGUCGCGGAUAAAAAACUAAUACAAUAUAUAUCGAAAUGUAGAUGCCGAUUGAAAUUAAUAUAGAUUUUUAACCAGUAUGGGCAGUAUUAAAAUGGGCGAUGAGCAUUUUUCCCACCAACAAUAACUAGGAAUCCAAUGUAUAGAUAUUGGAAUGACACCAGUGUUACUCGUGCUUAGGUUUUAGUUUUGUUGUAUAGAAAUUUUAUUAUUUUUAUUUACAUACAAAUUGUAUGUUUGUACAUCACAAUCAAUCUGUAGUACAUUACUUCAGUAUAUAAAUGAUAAUUAUGUAGAAUAUAAAAAAAAACAUAUAUUUAUAAGGCUGAAUAUUACAUUAUGUAUUAUAAUUAUUUUUAAUGAAAUAAAACUAAAUAUGAAGUUUUAA